AUGUCCAACACUCCCAUCAGCGACACAGACACCCCCGACCCAUGGAUGGUCCCCGGCCCCAACGGCUUCUUCUACCUGACCUUCACGGCCGGCAACCGUGUCGAGAUAUGGCAGUCUGCAGACAUGCAAGACUUCCGACAGCCGCAAUGCACGAGGAGCGUGGUGUGGAAACCUAGCCCCGGCAGCCCCUGGUCCGUCGACAUCUGGGCCCCAGAACUGCACUGCCUCGACGGGACAUGGUACGUGUAUUUCUGCGGCGCACACCCCGGCCUCGGAAACCCGUCCCACAGAACGCUGGUGUUGCGGUCGAGCAGGCAAGAUCCCAUGGACCCGGGGGGGUGGGUGUUUCUGGGUCCUCUGCGGGGAUUGCCUGAUCAUUGGAACAUCGAUGCUACUGUGUUUUGGAUCGGAAAUCGAAAUCGACCACAAACAAGCCGCAACACACGCAGACUGUUCUGCUGCUAUUCCGGCUGGCCGCUGCACGACCACUCGGAUACCCAGCAAGACCUGUUUCUGAUUGAACUGGCCACUCCCGAACAAGCCAUUCCUGAGACGCUGGUCUGUAUUUCACGCGCGGAAUUGGCUUGGGAACGCCCCGAUGGUGGGAGACGCGGGGUCAACGAAGGGCCGACGUGGCUGGAGAUACUAGGACCUGGGGACCUGACCAAUGCGAAUGGCAACAACACCAACUCGAACUCUCCAACAGGGGAGGAUUUUGGUUUCACAUUCAGAGGAAUCAUCUACAGCGCCAACGGCAGCUGGACCAGCGACUACAAGCUCGGCGUGCUCCAACUUGUCGACGGCAACGCUGACCCGCUCCAGCCGUCGUCGUGGCAGAAACGGCCCACGCCGCUUCUCGAGAGCGAUAGACGACACGGUGCUACGGGGCCGUUUGGGCCUGGUCAUGCGAGUUUCAUUGUCUCUCCUCCCGUCCUAUCACGUCCCACCAACAGUCGAGUCUAUUGCAUCUACCACGCGACCGCGAAGGAGGGAGAAGGAUGGAAUAAUCGCAAAGCACGGGUCUUGUGCUUAACUCCCGAGCAUUUCCUGCCGCAGGCGCAGACGCUAUGUUGUGCUGGAACCGGUGUUGGGGCAGCUGCUGCUUCAAUGAGCUGGACUCAAUAUCCUGGCGGUAUGGCGGGUCAUGGACACCCACAGUCACAGUCACAGAGGUCAUCUGGACAGGCAGCCCACCAGAGAGAUCCGUCUCACGGAAAGAGUCUGAUGGAUAGGAUUGGAGAGAAAGUGUACAAAACACUGAAGGAACUGUGA